CGGGAAGGGCCGGUCAUGGAGGACGCGGAGAGUUCGGUAUUGCCGCCGGUGCCGGUGCCGGUAGGGUCGGUGGGGGAAGACGAUCACGACCAGGACCAGGAGAGCCGGCAGAGCGCGCAGCUCGACGCCGAGGCGGAGACGGAGGCUGAGAGGCCACAACAGAAGCUGCUCCGGCUGCCGCUGAGCCGCAUCAAGGGGCUGAUAAAGGCCGACCCCGAGGUGACGCUGGCGAGUCAGGAGGCCGUGUUCGCCAUCGGCAAGGCCACGGAGCUAUUUGUUGAGGUGAUUGCCAAGGAUGCGUACACAUUUGCACUGCAAGCAAAACGUAAAACGAUCCAGCGGAAGGACUUGGAUCAUGCCGUAGAUGCUGCAGAUGAAUUUGCAUUUUUAGAAGGAACUCUGGAGUGAAAUGAAGAAGGGUUUCACGAGGCCAAAGUAACUCCAUUGAUAGACAUGCACAUUAUAUAUGUAUAUUUUGUAUAAUUUGUAAAAAGAGAGUUGUACAUGUUGUGUGAGUUCAGGCGUGAAUGUUUUCAUAAAUGUUAAAUAACUUG